AUGGAGGUGGAAAUUGCGGCGACUCAAGCUAACUUUGAAGCGGAUCCUUCGGCCGCCAAUAGGACUAUAAUCAACAAAUCUAUUGCCACCUACAUCCUUCUUCUCAAGAUGGAAGAAGAUUUCUGGCGGCAAAAAGCAGCUAUGAGAUGGCUUGCGGAGGGAGGAGACAAAAACACUAAAUUUUACCAAAGUUGGGUGAAGCAGAAAAGUGUCUGCCUUCGCAUCCACAAAAUCCAGGCGAACGGGCGAGAACUCAUAGAUGACUUGGAGAAUAAAAGCUCUGCAGUAGAAUUCUUCAAAGACCUCCUCGCUCCCGACGCCCCGGUCCUUGCCGAAAUGGAUCCAGAUCUGAUCCGGCCACUUCCCCAUUCGACUCGGCUUGAAACCCUAUCCGAUCCCCCCGAUGCGGAUGAAGUGAAGAGAGCGUCCAUUGGAGCGGAUGUUAUCGAGGCAGUUCAGCAGUUCUUCAACGGGGCUUUUCUUUCCCGUAGAAUUACGGCGACGAGCAUUGUCCUUAUUCCUAAGAAGGCCCUGCCGGAAACUUGGGCCGAUUACCACCCUAUCAGCUUUUGCAACGUGAGCAACAAAAUCAUUACCAAGAUCCUAACGGCAAGAACCACCCCCCUCCUCCCCUUGGUCAUUUCACCUAACCAAAGUGGCUUUGUGAAAGGUCAACUCCUCAAUGAUAAUGUCCUCCUUGCCCAGGAGAUGUUUCAUGAACUUUAUAGAUGUUGUCCAGCCCCUAAUGUGGCCAACAAAAUUGAUAUGGCGAAGGCAUAUGAACGUGUCCAAAGGUCGUUCUUGCUGCAAGUUCUUAGGCACAUGGGCUUUACGGAAGCUUGGCUUUCUCUUAUUGAACGGUCCAUUGGGUCAUGUUGGUUCUCGGUAUUGAUUAAUGGAGCUCCCUCGGGCUUCAUCAAAUCUACACGGGGGCUUAGGCAAGGCGACCCGAUAUCCCCGGCCCUCUUUGUGAUUGCAGCGGAAUACCUCUCGAAAGCCCUUGACAAGGUCAUUUUGGGCAAGAGAGAUAUGACAUUCAAGGCGGCUCGACGUUGUAUGGAAAUCAACCAUCUUGCUUAUGCCGAUGAUAUUAUCAUUUUCACACAGGCGGCAACACCCGCUCUGCGCCAACUUAGAACUUGCCUCACCAAUUAUGAGGCGGUCUCCGGUCAGCAAAUUAGCCUUGCCAAGAGAAACUUUUACAUCGCGGAGGAGCACGCGGGCUGGGCUACCACCAUCCAGCUCGAAGGAGGAUUCUCACUGGGCUCUUUCCCCUCUCUCUAUCUGGGCGUCCCUAUCUACCGUGGAGCUAAGCGCACAGAGAUGUUUAUGUUCCUUCAUGAAAAGAUUGCCAACAGGAUUUCUGGCUGGGCCCACCAUCACCUGUCCUUUGGGGAAAGGCUCACGCUCAUCAAGGGCACCCUCGAAGCGGUCCCGAUCCAUAUCUUCCACGCCAUUGAGCCAACGGUCAGCGCCCUUAAACAACUUGACCAGCUCAUGGCCUGCUUCUUUUGGGGGUCAACAAAUGAGAGGAAAAGGACCCAUUGGAUUAGCUGGGAUCAGAUCUGCCUUCCAACUGCCGAGGGAGGGCUUGGUAUACGGAAGUUCAAGGAGGUCCUCCGAGCCUUCACUAUCAAACUAUGGUAG